AUGCGCAAGUGGCGGAUGGCGCAGUGGCUAGACAACAGGGCCGAGGUGGAGGUGCCUGUGCCGCUGGAGGUGUGCUGGACGCUCUGGGACGACCGGGAGCGCAUCCCCCAGUGGAUGCCCUGGAUCAAGAGCGUCAAGGUGCUGCCCGAGGACCAGCGGCUGUCGCGGUGGACGCUGGCGACACGGCAGUUCGGCAGGGACUGGGAGUUUUCCUGGCUCGCGCGCAACCUGGCGCCAAUCCGCAACCAGAAGAUACACUGGGCGUCGGAGCCCGGCAGCGCCAGCCUGCCCGGCCUCUCCAUCAACAACCGCGGCCAGAUUCGCUUUGUGCGGAGAGGGGCCGCGGCGUGCAGCGUCAGCCUGAGCAUCGCGUACGAGGUGCCGGACGUGCUUGCGCCUUUUGCAAACGCUCUGACCCCGGUGGUGGAGGGCAUCAUAGGCCGCGACAUGGAGCGCUUCCGCGAGUACGCCCAGGAGUAUGCCAAAGCAGCAGCAGCAACAAAGAAGGCAGAGGCGUGA